CUACUUUAGUCUAUCCUCUUUGUACAUCUGCUGACACGAGACAUAACCUCACUUUCUACCAAUACUUUAGUUUCAGUAUCUAAUAAAUCUACGUUUCAUUCCAGUGUUUAUGAGAAUUGUUCUUUUUAUGGAUGAGAGAAGAUUGAACAACUCCUUAAUGAACGAAGUGCGGUGAUUGUUGCUGACACAACAAAAAUGUCGGCGACUAUCGAUGAUAAAAUCGUUGCCGGGGCAAAGGGCCCCAGUGAAGUCAAGGAAGAUCCAAUUGUUGCUCUUACUGAGCGAGUGGAGGUAUUGUACCGUUUUCGUGAUCGCUAUUUCGAGAAUCACUCCAUUGACAACGCCAUAAACAAAAACAGUGACAUUGAACAAGAGAUGAAAGAGGCAUUGGGGAAGUUCGAUGAGUUCAAGGGAUAUGAAAUCGAUGGCUGCAGAGCCAAAUAUUACUAUCUUAAAGGAAAAGCUUACAACGUUGUCGAUAGAUUCGUUCCCCAGGCUGAGGAGCUGCUUAGUAAGGCUGUGAAACUGGAGCCCAAGUUGAUUGAUGCCUGGAACGAGCUUGGAGAGUGCUACUGGAAAAAUGAUGACAUCAAACAGGCGAAAAAUUGUUUCGUGGGAGCUUUACCUCAUGGUAGAAACAAAACAUCCUUGAGGAAUUUAUCAAUGGUGCUGAGGCAGGAAUCAGCUGAUAAUCAGAAACAGAGAAUUGAAAAUAUCAAACUCGGGGUGGAGUAUGCAAAAGAAGCUGUGGGGAUGGAUACCAGUGAUGGCAUAUCAUGGACGAUUCUAGGGAAUGCCUACUUGGCAUCUUUCUUCAUUAUUGCACAAAAUCCUGCCACCUUGAGGCUUUGUAUGUCAGCUUAUGCCCAAGCAGAGAGAGAUAUCGUAGCCAAGAGUCAACCUUAUCUGUUUUUCAACAAAGCUACGGCAUUGAAGUAUCAAGAAGAAUAUGAACUAGCACUGGAGGCAUUUAAACGUGCCAUGUUGCUAGAUCCCACCUGGGAAGUGCCAAGAACAAAAUUCGAUGAAUUACUCAAAUACCUUAGAGACGUACAAAAUUCCAUCAGUACCAAUGGAAGAUUGAAGCCAAAAAGACUGUACCAGAUGAUUCAGGCCCUAGACAAGAAACAUUUGGGUCCAUACAAAGAAGGCUCAUACACUUCCGGAAAUAAAUCGGUAAAAUUGGAAUUAUCCUCUUGCAAAGACUUGACCCCUGGGAUUAAUGUUGAAAGAGUUGUUUUUGGAAAAGUCGUUUGCUGGAUACGCGAUUCAGAUGCUGUUCCAUUUUCUUUUUGUAUGGUCGACGAAGACAAAACUUGUAUAGCAGUAACUGUUUAUAAUUUGGCUGAGGGUCGUGGUGUGACUGUCGGGGAUUCAGUUGCGAUCCCGGAGCCAUUUCUGACUCAUCAACAAUUCUCCUUCUCUGGAAAUGAAUUUGAUUUCAAGUCCAUACGCGUUGAAACACCUGUCCUACUAGUUGUAAAUGGUAGAAAGUUGGGUAGAGAUCAGCAGGCAGGCGCUAAACUUUCGAGCCACAAGAGACCCGACUGAACUCGUAAGUCAAAUGUGUAUCAACAAUUUUAAACUAUUCCAUUUGCAUCGGGGGAAAAUUACACAAACUCGAUAAUUCGUCUGUUGAAACUUCGAAAUGUUAAGAGCUGAAGCAGAAUUAUUCUAACGACAAACAUCGAUUGGAUAAUUAUAUAGGUUCUAUGGUUGUUUCCGAGGUAGGCACGCAUGAAAAAAUUUAAUUCGAAAAUGUAACAUCGGCUGGAGAAUUCUAUUCAAUUUUUAAAUUAUUUACGACUAAAGGUUUUUGAAGAAGUCACAUUGUUUUAGAAUUUUUUUUUGUACAAUUUAAUCAAUUGCUAUAUUUUUUAUUAUGGAAUUUUCUGGGCCAAAUUUUUUUUGUAAAAGUGUUUUGGUGAAAAAAGAAAAAUCAACUAAAAAAAUGAAGAAAAAUUAUGGUGUUUUUCAAGAGAAAAGAUAUAAACAAAAUAUUUAAAAAAUCAAACUCCACAAAAUACAUUUUUUUGAAGAUGUUGUCAAUUCAAUAAAUUCAUUUAUUUUAUUUCAAUAUAUUUUGUACUUCAAUAAAUUGAAUAGAUUGAAAACAAAUUCCUACCAAAUGUAUUUUGGUUUGUAAAAUUGAUUGUGCGCCAGUUUAAGGACAUUUAACAAUUGAUCAGUCUGUCAACGAAGUGGCAAAAUCAUAGAAAUUAAAUUACUCAAUCACCUUUAUCAACUUCUACGUAAGUGUUUGAAGCUAAAGAAAACCAAGGAAUUAAAAUUAGAACUUCAUAUCCAUGAGACAUUGAAGAAUUAUUUUGAGGAAAGCUCGUGGUUUCCUUGAGAUUUAAAUAUUCCCUAAAAUCUGUAUUAAUCGGAAGCUAUUUAGGAAUCUUUCUGAUGCAUGAUCCAUAAAUAUAAAUCUCAGUUGGCCAAUGAACUUACCUCUCCCCAUUCUGACACUUCACUGUCUAAUUUUCAUCGAUGAUGAUUUUAUUAGGAGGGACCCAAUGAAAUUUCAGAAUCAAGUAACCAAAAUCUUAAAAUUCUAUCUUCGAGGGAAUUAAAUUAUUCAACUGUAUUUCUAAAACUAGAUCAUCAAGAGACGACAUUAACCGAAGAACACCAGACUAUCUGUGAGUCCUGUCAUAGGAAACGAAAAAGAGAAGCUAUCUAUAGGAAAACAAUUAUUAAAAAAGCUAGGAGAAUAAAUUAACGAGUGGAGUGAUAAAAUUAAGUGGGCGUAUCAGAGAAACGAAUGUCCUCUCGUGUUAUUUCCUGAGACUCUUAAAUCAAAACAAACACAAUCGCAAAACUCAUCGAAUUUCCCUGACAUUUUGCCACUUCACUCACGAACAAAUUCAAAAUAACGAGUAACGCUUGUGAUAUGGAAAAUACUGAAAUAAAUAAAACGUUUGUAUAAAAGGUUUUUCUAUUAACGAUUACAUAAUAAAUACUUAUUUAUAACAAUAACAGAUUACAUUUUCGUUGGUAAUUAAUGGAAAUGAGGAGAGCACUUGGUGUUUGUUUCUUUUUCACAUAAAAAAUAUAAAUGAGCUUGAGUUCAUUAAUUUCAUUCAGUCUGACACCGAGAUCACCACAGAGUAAUAAUCCUUGAGUUCACAGAAUCACUGAAGUUUCUCAAUGAGAGAACCUCGAACGAGUCACAUCAUAGCCAUCAAUACUCCUGGAACACAGUUGAUUGGCGAUGAUACUCACAACGAGGAUAAAAUCCAUCGUAUCACAGUGAUAAACUCUAUCACAUCACAUGUUGACCUCCCACAGUUUGAAGUAAUUAUCGAUUACUUCCAGGAACCAAUCACGUCUUUCAGCGUCCUUGAAAUGUGGUGCUAAGGUGCGCAAUUGUAGUUGAAGUACAGCUUCAUUAUUCAACAAUCCGUCGAGUUCACCCAACAAGCUGGCAUCACCAUGAAGCUUCAGGAGGCUUGCAUAUGUGAAUAUGUAAUACUCCACUCGGAGACUGUCAAUCGCCCAUGCCUCCACUGAUUUAUUGCCACUCGCUGAUUGUAUGGCACCCAUGUGGUUAGCGUACCAAGGUGAAAAAUAAUUACGUAGUUCGCGACUCGAUAGGUCAGCAACACCAUGUGUCUUCAGUCGUUCUUUUAUUCCUCGGUAUACUUGAGGAGUGUAUACGAAUACCUGAAAUUUAGAAAAAUAUAUCAAUAUUUUUGGUUCCCAAUGCAAGCGUUAUCUAUAAGCAAUUUUGCUAAUUUUCCUUUUGGUAAAAAAUGCAAAAUUUGUUGAAAAUGUGCGAAGUCUUCGUGAGCAGAGGUGAUUUUUUUAUUUAAGAAAAGAUAUAGAUGGGUAAAAACAUUCCAAAAAAUUUGAAAUUUGGUGAGAUAUUAGGUAAGAGUUGAAGCUAACCCUGGACCCAGGUUCAACUCAAUCGGUAAAGUCGUUUUUGAGAAAUCGUGAUUUGUUUACAAAUCGUUUUUUCGAAAUAUCUCCAAAUCUAAGCAAUGUAUUUCGUUUUUUUUCUUUUCAAGCAUGUUUAUUGGAAAAUACGUACUUUUCGAAUAACCGUACAAAAUAAUAAUAGUUUUUGCAUUUAAAUUUUUACUUUUAAAUUUAGACUUUUACAAAUAAUUUUUCUAUCACUGCACGCAAUUUCGUGUCUAAAAUUAUUUGAAUAUUGAGCACCAGGCGAGUGAGUAAUUCACCGAUUUCUCCGAUUGGAUUGUUAUAAUAAAAAAAACGUUAAGACAUUUUUUUUUCGUACUUGCAUAAGGAAUAAUUUUGUAUUCAUGUUUUUUUUCUCUAUUGUCAAUAUUUGAGGGAGAUUUUUUUAUCUUUGUCUUCUUCAAUAUUAAGACAAACUAUAGAAUCAGAAAACAAAAAACUCCUGAUGGCUGGACUAGUAGAUUGAUUAUCGUUGUGAAAUGGUCACAGUGCACCCAUCGUUAGAUGUUAAAAAAACCCUCACCUGAUAAAGGGAAUUGCCAGUGACGAAAGACGAUAUGUAAUGUGAUCCAAAAUUCUUGAUAAACGUGAUAACACUGACAGUAUCCCCAACAGUAAUAUUAUUCAUUUCCCUAGCGACACUUUCAUCAAGAACAAGAUUUUCCGACACUCCAGCGAGUUUUUCCUGAUCUCUGAAUCUAGCAACUCGCACUAGCACAUAACAAUAGUCCCCCGAAAUGAACGACGAAUUUAUCCCCAAAUUUCUGGCCAUUGCUGACGUUGACCAACUCGCUGUAAAUGCCCUCCAGGGUCUGUCCAAUGUUUCAAAGGAGAAAUCACGAAAGUAAGCCUGCAAAAGUUGUCUGACAUUGUCACAAAAUUCCAUGUGAAAGUCUCCUUCGAAUACCGCUGCACUCUUUGCACGUUGUCUUGGUGGUGCUGGUUGGGGAUUUUGAAAGACAUCCACUGUUGGCUCACGAAAUAUCCACUUGUUUGUGUCAUUUCGUGGUACAACUCUCAUACUUAUGCUCAGGUAACCGUAACGAGCGAAAAUAUUUACAGCACCACCGAGACGGGGAUUUUGGGCACUGGUUAAGUGAAUCCUAGCGAUCACAACUACCGCCAGGACGAGGAAACGCAGACGUUUCCACAUCUCAAUUGGCAGUUGAUGUGGCGUCUCUCAGGGUGAACCU